AUGUACCUUGAGGAAUUAUUAAUCGAAGGCUUUAAAUCAUACGUUUCAAGAACACAAAUCACAGGUUGGGACCCUGAGUUUAAUGCCAUCACAGGUCUUAAUGGUUCUGGUAAAUCGAACAUUCUGGACGCUAUUUGUUUCGUGCUUGGUAUUACCAACUUAUCGCAGGUUCGAGCGAGUAACUUGCAAGACUUGAUCUAUAAACGCGGACAAGCAGGUGUAACAAAAGCAUCAGUUACCAUUGUAUUCAACAAUGAGGAUCGUGAUCGCAGCCCUGUUGGUUUCGAAGCAUAUAAACAGAUCACAGUGACUCGACAAGUUUUAAUGGGAGGAAGAACAAAAUAUAUUGUCAACGGUCAUAAUGCUCAGCAACAAACAGUUCAAAAUCUUUUUCAGUCAGUUCAACUGAAUAUCAAUAACCCACACUUUUUGAUUAUGCAAGGUCGAAUCACGAAAGUAUUGAAUAUGAAACCAACAGAGAUUUUAAGUAUGGUUGAAGAAGCGGCCGGUACGAAAAUGUUCGAAGAUAGAAAAAACAAAGCUAUUGCUACAAUGGCAAAAAAAGAGAGAAAAGUAGAGGAGAUUAACACAUUAUUGGCCGAGGAUAUUAUACCCAAACUAGACCGCCUUCGAGCAGAAAAGCGAGUUUAUCUAGACUUUCAAAAGACAGAGGCUGAGAUGGAACGAUUGAAUCGGCUAGUCAUAUCCUACGAAUAUAAGAAACAUGAUGACAGAUUGAAUCGGACCGGAGAUAAUGAAGCCAGGAUUCAACAGCUAAUCGAUCUUAAGAAAACAGUCAAAGCAUUAGAAGACGAAUUAAACAACAUUGACACAGAUCGAAAGGCUGUUUCUGCCAAAAUGAGCAAAAAUUCCUCACACAGUAGUAAAAUCAAAGAAUUAGAGCAGAGAAUCAAAGAGUAUUCAACUCAGGCUGUCAGAUUGAAUACGAAGAAAGGCUUACUAGAAACUUCAACGGCCGAUGAGCAGAAGUCAUUGUCUUUGUUAUCAGGGCAAAAAGGAGAGUUGGAACAGAAUCUCCGUGACAAAAGAAGCUCAUAUGAAAGAGUUUAUAAAGAGUAUGAGCAAUUUAAAAAAGAAAAUGAUGAGAAAACGGCCCAGAUGAAGAGCAUGGACGAACUAAUUCAAACACUAACAACGGGUAUAUCCGCUGAAGAAGGUCAAGAAAACGGCUACAUGGAACAAUUACAGCAAUUCAAAAAUGCGGCUAAUAAAGCCUCCACAGCUGAAGAGCAAGCAACAUUAAAGAUAAAGCACUUGAGCAAAGAACUUAAAGAAAAGGAGCCACAGGCAGCUAGAGCACUAAAAGAAAGCAAUGAUUCUGUAGUUAUAUUAGACAAUAAAAAAGCUGAAAUAGUAGAAUUGCAAAAGCAACUAGACGCGUUGAAUUGGAAUCCUAAAAUCGAGAAAGAACUAUUACGCAGGAAACGGGAAGAGCAGGACAUUAUCAAUGAUCUAUACGAUAAAAGAGAAGAUUUAUCCAGACAACUUUCUAACCUCGAAUUCGAGUAUUCUGAUCCUACACCUAAUUUUGAUCGUUCGCAGGUAAAGGGUGUAGUUGCUGAACUUAUCACAUUAGACAAACAGAAUUAUGAUGCCUCAACAGCUUUGGAAAUCUGUGCUGGCGGUAGACUCUAUAAUGUUGUAGUAGAGGAUGAAAAAGUGGGCGCACAACUCUUAGACAAUGGUAGAUUGAGGCGUCGAUGGACUUUGAUCCCUUUGAAUAAAAUUCAAGGGCAAAAAAUACCCGAUGAAGUCUUGGCCAAAGCUGAGCAGAUCGCUCCUGGAAAGGUCAGUUUAGCUCUAAGUUUGUUAGGCUACGAUGAUGAAGUUUAUAGAGCUAUGGAGUGGAUUUUUGGCACUACCUUCAUUUGUAAGGAUGCGCAAGCUGCUAAGGAUGUUACGUUCAAUAAGAAUAUCCGUAUGAAGUCCGUCACAUUAGAUGGUGAUAUCUAUGAUCCUUCAGGCACCCUAUCGGGUGGGUCUAAACCUAAUUCUGCUGGUAUUUUGUUGAAAGUACAAGAAUUAAACGAGGUCAGCAAUGAAAUAAAACGACACACUAAGAUAGUGGAAAGUUUGGAGGAAGAACUGCAAUCUUCGCAGAAACUUAUUUCACAAUACAACCAAAUUAAACAACGUUUGGACCUUCAGUCUCAUGAACUUAAAUUGUUGCAACAACGUAUGGAUAAUAGUACUUAUUCACAGCUAGCAGCUCGUGUUGAAGCCUUGAAGAAGCAAAUAAACCAACAGGAAGAGAUCAAACAACAAUCCAAAUUAGAAAAGGAACAAGCGCUAAGGGAUUGUGAAAGAAUCGAGAGGGAGAUGACCGAUUUCAAUAACAAUAAAGAUACGAAAUUAGAUGAAAUGAAUCAUCGAGUUGAAAAGCUGAAGUCGCAGUUAAAGAAGAGUGCAACAAAACUAAAGGACAUGCAACGUACAGUGCAAACCUUUGAACUUGAGAUAGAGCAAUCGGAAGCUGAUAUACGAGCAUGUGAAGAAGAAAUAGAGAAAAGCCGAACUACUGUUGCAGAAUACAAAACAGCAAUAUUGAAUGCAACCAGUGAGAUUGACGCUCUUAAUAAGUCUUUGGAAGAGGCUAAAGAAGAACUUGAAAACGAAAGUAGAAUUCUUAAUGCACACAAUGAAGAAUUUAAAGAAUUAUGCGAUGCCUAUGACCGUAAAUCGGCCGAAGUAGUCGAGCUCAACUUACAACUGCAAAAAAUUAGUCAUGAAAUUGAACGUAUUCAGAAAGAAAGGCAGCAGUCUGAACAAAUGAUAAGAGAAAUGGAAAAACAAUACGACUGGAUUCUGGAUGAGAAACAAUACUUCGGUGAACCUGGCUCUCCCUACGACUAUACCCAUAUUACAAUGGCCGACGUUCGCAAACAACUUCAGCAGUUGACCGCAAAUCAUGACUCUUUACGUAAAAAGAUCAAUGUCCGUGUUAUGAAUAUGAUUGAUAAUGUUGAGAAAAAGGAGGCUUCGUUGAAAGAAAUGCUGGCCACUGUUCAAAAGGAUAAACAGAAGAUUGAGGAAACUAUUAGAACAUUAGAUAACUACAAGAUGGAAGCUUUGGAAAAAACUUAUCGUAAGGUGAACAAGGAUUUCGCUGAAAUUUUUGGUGACCUUUUAGCAGGAAAUACAUGCAAAUUACAAGCACCUGAAGGUAAAUCCGUAUCAGAAGGCUUAGAGGUAAAGGUAUGUCUUGGUGGCGUAUGGAAACAAAGUUUGACAGAAUUAAGUGGUGGUCAAAGAUCUCUUAUUGCUCUAUCUCUGAUCUUAUCAUUGCUUCAAUUUAAACCGGCACCCAUGUAUAUUUUGGAUGAAGUUGAUGCAGCCCUUGACUUGUCACAUACUCAAAACAUUGGCUCCCUAUUACGUACAAGAUUUAAGGGCUCUCAAUUCUUGGUUGUUUCGCUAAAAGAUGGCAUGUUCAACAACGCAAAUGUGCUGUUUAAGACUCGUUUUAAGGAUGGCACGUCAGUAGUUGAGCGAACAACACCUUAUCGAAAAGAUCAAGAUAACUCAGGGCGCAAACGUGGACGAAAUGAAAAAGAUAAUAGACGUAGAUAA